GGAGCAGCAGCUGCAUCCUGCAUUUCCCUGAAGUGUUACAUGAUUUCCAGUCCUUAGAAACUUUAUCAUCUUUGCUGCAGAGUCGGAAGUCAAUAUGCAGGACAAGGACACAAUCAUAUCUAUCCGAUUUCUUUUCUGGUUUCUUUUACUCUGCAUGGUUAUCAGGAAGUCACACACUGAAGAUGUGAUAAUUACAACCAAGAAUGGAAGAAUCAGAGGGAUAAAUUUACCGGUUCUUGGGGGCACUGUAACAGCCUUUCUUGGCAUUCCCUAUGCACAGCCACCUCUAGGAAGACUUCGAUUCAAAAAGCCACAAUCUCUGACCAAAUGGUCUGACAUUUGGAAUGCCACAAAAUAUGCAAAUUCCUGCUAUCAGAACAUAGAUCAAAGUUUCCCAGGCUUCCAUGGAUCAGAAAUGUGGAACCCAAACACUGACCUCAGUGAAGAUUGUUUAUAUCUGAAUGUGUGGAUUCCAACACCUAAACCAAAAAAUGCCACUGUAAUGAUAUGGAUCUAUGGUGGUGGUUUUCAAACUGGAACCUCAUCUUUGCAAGUUUAUGAUGGCAAGUUUCUGACUCGAGUUGAAAGAGUUAUUGUGGUUUCAAUGAACUAUAGGGUGGGUGCUUUAGGAUUCUUAGCUUUGCCAGGAAAUCCUGAAGCCCCUGGGAACAUGGGCUUAUUUGAUCAACAGUUGGCCCUUCAGUGGGUUCAAAAAAACAUAGCAGCCUUUGGUGGAAAUCCUAAAAGUGUAACUCUCUUUGGAGAAAGUGCAGGAGCAGCUUCGGUAAGCCUUCAUUUGCUUUCUCCUAGAAGCCACCCGUUGUUCACCAGAGCCAUUCUGCAGAGUGGAUCAUCUAAUGCCCCUUGGGCAGUCAUGUCUCUUCAUGAAGCUAGGAAUAGGACGUUGACAUUAGCUAAGUUUAUUGGAUGCUCUACAGAGAAUGAGACUGAAAUCAUAAAAUGUCUUCGAAACAAAGAUGCCCAGGAGAUUCUUCUGAAUGAAGUAUUUGUUGUUCCCUUUGAUAGUCUCCUCUCAGUAAAUUUUGGUCCAACAGUGGAUGGUGACUUUCUCACUGACAUGCCAAACACACUACUUCAGCUUGGACAACUGAAAAAAACCCAGAUCUUGGUGGGUGUGAAUAAAGAUGAAGGGACAGCCUUUCUUGUCUAUGGUGCUCCUGGUUUCAGUAAAGAUAACAAUAGUAUCAUAACUAGAAAAGAAUUUCAAGAUGGUUUAAAAAUAUUUUUUCCGAGAGUGAGUGAAUUUGGAAAGGAAUCAAUCCUGUUCCACUAUGCAGACUGGUUAGAUGAUGAGAGGCCUGAGAACUACCGUGAAGCUUUGGAUGAUGUGGUUGGGGAUUACAACAUUAUAUGCCCUGCUUUAGAGUUUGCUAAGAAGUGCUCAGAAAUGGGAAACAAUGCCUAUUUUUACUAUUUUGAACACCGAUCCUCCAAACUUCCUUGGCCAGAAUGGAUGGGAGUGAUGCAUGGCUAUGAAAUUGAAUUUGUCUUUGGCUUACCUCUUGAAAGAAGAGUUAAUUAUACAAAAGCUGAAGAAAUUUUGAGUAGAUCCAUUAUGAAACGCUGGGCAAAUUUUGCAAAGUAUGGUAAUCCAAAUGGGACCCAGAACAAUGGCACAAGAUGGCCAGUCUUCAAAAGCACUGAACAAAAAUAUCUGACUUUGAAUACAGAGUCACCAAGGAUAUACACUAAACCACGUGCUCAACAAUGCCGAUUCUGGACACUAUUUUUCCCCAAGGUCUUGGAAAUGACAGGAAAUAUUGAUGAAGCAGAACAAGAGUGGAAAGCAGGAUUCCAUCGUUGGAACAAUUACAUGAUGGACUGGAAAAAUCAAUUUAAUGACUACACUAGCAAAAAAGAAAGCUGUGCAGGAUUCUAA